AACUAGACCGGAACUAUUGAGGAUUGAACCUUUGCCUCAGAUCGGUGUACAGUGCCAGUAACACUUCACAUAAUGCUAGCUAGUUCGCUGUGGGGUUGCCUAAAUUUCUUUCUCUUUCAGGCAGUUCCCUGUGCACCGCAUAUUGUCAUUCUCUGCCAAUGGGCUGACAACUGGUUGCUGAGAUGUUGCUGAAAGACAUUCCCCAGGAGGUGUUGAUGCGCCCUCUUUCCCGAAAUGAAGUAGUGGGAAUGAUAGUGAGACUGACCAUCUUUGGAGCUGCCACCUACUACGGCAUCAAAUGGGUGGUGGAGGCAAUGGACCCUACACAUAAACAGAAGAUCCAGGCCAAGAAAAGGGCAGAGCAGCUGAUGAAGCAGAUUGGYGUGGAGGGUGUCAAACUCACUGAAUAUGAGAUGAACAUUGCUUCUCACCUGGUAGAUCCACGCAGCAUGAGGGUGUCCUGGAGGGAUAUUGCAGGGCUUGAUGAGGUCAUUUAUGAGCUGCAGGACACUGUCAUCCUUCCCUUCCAGAAGAGACACCUGCUGGCUGGAUCCAAACUCUUUCAGCCUCCCAAAGGGGUGUUGUUGUAUGGGCCUCCCGGGUGUGGGAAGACUCUUAUUGCCAAGGCAACCGCCAAAGCCUCAGGAUGCCAGUUCAUCAACCUGCAGCCCUCCACUCUGACGGACAAGUGGUACGGCGAAUCACAGAAGCUCACCGCUGCUGUCUUCUCAUUGGCUGUCAAGAUCCAGCCAUGUAUCAUUUUCAUAGAUGAAAUUGACUCCUUCCUGAGGAAUCGCUCCAGUCUGGACCAUGAGGCCACAGCCAUGAUGAAGGCCCAGUUUAUGAGCUUGUGGGACGGGCUGGAGACUGGGGCAAGCAGCCAGGUGAUGGUGAUGGGGGCCACGAAUAGACCACAGGAUCUGGACCCAGCCAUACUGCGCAGAAUGCCCACCACCUUUCACGUGGGCCUACCAACUACAAGACAGAGGACAGAGAUACUGAAGUUGAUCCUGGCAGGAGAAAAUCUAAGCAAUGCCAUUAAUCUGAAGGAGAUAGCAGAGAAGUCGGAGGGUUCAUCAGGCAGUGACCUCAGGGAGCUGUGUCGUGAUGCUGCCAUGUACCGUGUUAGAGACUACGUCCGCAAGCAGCAGAUGAAACAGAUAGCCCAGCAGAUGCAGGAGGAGGACGAGGAAGACAAAGCAGGGGUGGAGGAGCGUCUGCGGCCCAUCACCCAGCUGGACCUGCUGUUCGGCCUGGACAAGAUGAAGGAGUCCAAAAAGGCCACCAUGCCCCAGGAACUCAUACCCCGAGAGGUGCCUCUGGACUAAACCUUUCUUUCAGACACCCUUUACAAAUGCAUUGUUACUGACCAGUGGUAUACCCAAGUGUUUAUCCCCCCCAUACACACACACACACACAUAUCCCAGUCCUAGCACAGUGUUCCAAAGCAGUCCGAGAGAGAUGUCUCUGGACCACAAUCUCUCUGUACCCCUUCUCUUAUCCCACACCAAUACCCUUCAGUAUCCAGUUAAUUCCUACUGUCUGUUCACUGUUACAGAUUGAAUUGACCAACUAAUUCCAACCUCCCACACAGUGUCCCAGAACAUUCCCAUUGCCCUGAGUCAUCAUAAAAUACUAGAGCCUUAGAAACGGCCUUUGUACAUUAAGCUGGGGAGCAGGGCUGUCCACUGUAACGCUGUCGAACAGACGGCACAGGGUGAGAGGGACCGGACUGAGUCUGUCUCUUAGAACUCUGUCAUCAAUGUUAUUAUUAUUUCUUUGUGUCACACAAAUCGUAUGAGAAAAUGUGAAUCGAUAUUGGUUUUUAAUCAUGCUUUAAAAAAAUACUGAAUAAGGAAUAUUACUGUAUUUGCACUGUCAAUGUUCUUUUGGGCAAGCACUAAACUGUCCCAAGUGUCUAGUUGUCUGCAUGUCUAAGUAAUAGAAUGAGAAACAUUAGGUACACAAUAGUACACGUGUUACAAUUAACAAAGACCAAGAGUCCCUGGGAGUUGAAUCAGUUGGUAAAUCUGAUAUUCUGAAUCUACUUUUUAUUGKAUGUUCACUGUAUUUAAUACUGUACUUCUCCAAAUAUUGGAUUGAAACUACUGACUACAUUAUUAAUCUUUACUGACGAAGGUAGCUGCCUCAUGUCUUUUGUUUUAUGUCACAGUAAUAUGCCCUUCAUUGGUCUGCUGUCUUACAAUCUAAUGUUCUUGAAAUCAUUUUAUGAUUUAUAAUGUGAAAAAGCAGCUGUGCUUUUGCCAGUUCCAUUAUCAACAACCUUCAAACAUGGGUAUUGACCAGCACAGCAGUCUGUCAAAAUGUCAAUCAUUCCAGUCUGUCUCCAUGGAAACUAGACAGAGUUCUACAGUUAGGCCUUGGUCUCUAGUGUGACCCAUUGUCUGCUGUUUUCUGUUCUUUCAAACAAGAAUCUGAUUUUGACCUGGGAAACCAGGUUUGUGCACCUUGUGAGAAAUCCAUUUCCUGGAAAAAGAAAACAACAGACCUUCUCAGGUCCCUUACUCUCGGAGGACCAUUGUUGUCCAACUACAGUCUGGUAGAAUUGGACUGUAGUCAGGCACACCGAUCCAUUAUUUUAUUUUGGACAACGCAGAUUGUUCCUUUUGUUUGUCAGAAUAUUACAAUGUGCAACUCUGGAAUGGGCUUUUCUCAGUCUUGCUCAUUAGCCCUCUACUUAACUUACUCUCAGUAAUAUGAAUAGGGAGGCUGCCGUUGACUAAGGAUUGGCCAGUCAGAGUUUCCUCUGAAGAGUGACCACAGGCUGGUGCUGUGGCUCCGCUACUCUCAGGUCGGCAGUAUGAGUGGCAGGUCUGGGUGUGGAGUCGGACUAUUCCCCCAGACAAAACACAGUACAGUACCCUUUGUACUUAACUGUGAAGAGACACAUUAUACAUGGGUCUACAAGUUAUAUGUGGCUCACUGAAAAUCCCCGAUCCCCAUUGUAUGUAAAUUGUGUGGAACUGGGCAGAUCCAGCUGUUUAGAAAAGCUUAAGCAGUCCCACUCCCUGUGUAUUUAUUUCCCACUUCCUUCCCCACUGGCUUUCACUUUCUUUCCCUCUGCAUAAUCUGGUUUUGUUUUUUGAUAAUGAUCCUCACUAUGUAUAAUCCACGGCUGGAUGCUGUCCAAGGUUGCCCACUAUCCCUUCACUAUUCACCCACUAUCCCACUAUUAUUUCCCUUAAUUCACCUCAUCUGUGGUGCAGCAUUGUCUCUAGAGCAUAUCUCUGAUUUAACUCAUCUGCUUCAUACCAGGCUUUCAAAAAAUGUCCUAGCUUGCAUAGCACUCUGACAGUCAUGUUUGCAUUGGUUUUCUGUAGGCGCUAACAAUAACCAUAGUAUUUGGCUAGGUCAAUAGAGGACUGCUAGACCUCUACAAAGUCUGCUAAUCUCGUGGGCCCAUUUGGGAAUGGAAAAGAUUUGGUCAGAUAAAUCUGAGUGUAUUUUUAAAAGCAAAGGACAGCCCUUCCAAAAUGAAAUGUUUUGGCUGACUUGGUUUCCCUGAGGGUAGAGGGUGCUACCAAAGAUGUUAUUGCCAAAGCGUGGAUAAAUUGAUGCUGGCAGUUGAAUGAUUUUUACAUUUCUAACACAUCUUGUGAUACUGUUGAUGCGUAUGUGUGCCAUCUGGUUUUUGACUCCCAACUAACCCAAUUCAUCUUCAUAAGAAGCAUUAAAAUGUGGGUCAAAAAGCAAA